AUGGCAGAGGGCUCGCCUAUCCGUUCCCUCAACGACACCGAGUUAGGAAUCUUGCUGGACAUCCGUUAUCAAAAUAUCGAACGGGCCGCUGCUAGUGACGAGAUCCUUCGGGAAUUCUGGGACUGA